UAGCAGACUCAUAAGAUAUUGGUGGAAGUGAGCAGCGAAGGGCUUAGAACGCGUCCGUGGUCUCGUGUCAAGGACGCGUCGGAGGGGCUGGGCUGAAGUCCCGGUUACUUUUCAACGAACACCGAGGGGCGUAACAUCGCAAUCUUCACCAUGGACCCGCCGGCUCGACCUAAUAUCAAGCGGAGACCAGGUGUAAUUCCAAGUGCAAAUUCUGGUUCAGCUCACAAUUUCACGCCUGACGGUUCACCGAAUCCUUUUACCUCGAACUCCAAGUCAAUGCAGGGGGAGACCGAGAUGCAACCUCGCUCCAGGAACCAAACCGUGUCGAUAGAGUGGAUCGAAGGUGAUGACCCAAGUCCUCGACGCACUUCGAGACUACAAAUAGAGCUUGCGGAAUGCAUCGAAACGAAAACCGUCACGACUACCACGACAACCAAACGAUCAUAUCCUCCUCUGCUGAUCAAGGAGCAGUUGCUGGACAAAUUAGACACGAAGGAAUAUCCAUUAGCUUUGAAAGCCAUUCCUGACGGGGUCACCAACUUCUCUUACAAUAUCAACGACGAGCUAGAAGACAUCUAUGAGGAUAAUGAUCAUGUUCCGCUUUCAGAGGGUGCGCGGCCGAGCUCCCAAACUCAUACCGACAAUCACCAUAAUGUUAACAACGGGCGAAUGGCUCUACAGAGCGGGAAGGCCUACAAGGCACCCGCAGGGGGGAAAGCAGACUUCCAGCGCGCAGAAAGCGUUUCCAAGAAAUUAGCGGCAAUCAACCAAAGACGGUCAGCAAGAGGCGCGCCGGAAGCAUGGCCAGGAUCUCCCAAAUCCACAGAUUCGAUAUUCCGCAAGUCUAGGAAACACAUCCCGCUGAAGACCAAAGAUGAAGACCUAGAGAUGCAGAAGGAUUUAUUACGACGCCGAAACCUCGGAUUGGGUAUGCUUAUGUCUGAAGAUCCCACAUUCCCCGCGACUCCUGAUAUGUCCGAACAUGAUUCAUCCACUACUGGACGGACUCGACCAGCUUCCUCGUUCUUCGAAAGCACAUAUACGCCACGCUCGGGACUGAGUCAAAACGAUUCCUUUGAAGAUGUACCAAGCCCACAAGAUACCUCGAGUACGGAGUCUUUCGCUAACGCUGUCGCUACACCUCCUAUCGCGGAGUCCGAUUUGGAGCCUUUCGAAGAAGCCAACUCAACUUUCGCACAAGCUCCUGGUCAACGGCCAAGUAUCAACACGGCUGCUGCACAAAAUGCUAGUUUACCAAGUCCAGGCCUAUCGCCAACUUUUGCCUCUGCAGAGCUUCGGCAAGGAGAGUUCCCACAUGCCACCGAAGAAGACGAGCUUGUCGCGGGUAGCCCUGCGACCCAGUCAGGCGACAGUCAAGAAACUAUCGACAGUGAAGAUAUUGAACAGUUGGAUUCGCAGGCUUUGCAUGCAUUCCAAACAGAAGUUGGACAGCCCAGAAACGGUGUUCCGUCUAUUGUGGACACGCGUUUUAUGAUCGAGACCUUCGCUGCGAUGCCCAACGAUAUGAAGACAUUCAUGAUGUGUCACUUCCUUAAGCGAUGUUCCAGAAAGACUCUUCAUGUCAUAGCAGACGUGGUCAAUCCUGCUUUGAAGUGCGAUUUUCUGGAUCAGCUACCCAUGGAAUUGAGUCUCCACAUUCUCAGCUUUCUAAACCAUGUUGAUCUCUGCCAAGCUGCACAAGUCUCGAAGCAAUGGAGGAACAUUGUGGAUUCGAACGAGACAGGCUGGAAGGAAUUGUUUGAUAACGAUGGGUUUGUUCUCCCCACCGGAGAAUUGGAGAAAGCCAUCCAACAGGGCUGGGGCUGGCAGGAUCCUUAUGGCCCGGAUGGAUGUGAGCAAGACUUGAGUGUCCAACGAGGAUUCCUUUCAUCCUCUGAGGGAGAUAUGGCAAAUACCAAAGUCGACGUUGGACCUUCCAGGAAGGGGCGCUCGGCCGCAAAGAGAAAGCGAGCUCCUGGAGGUUUAGGGUCAGACAGAUCAAAGCGGAGAGCUACUGGUCAUGAAUUUGCGGACAAGGCCCAAGGCAUGGUUGCAAGAUACCCUCACACAGCCAGAUUCCACAAGUCGGAGGGUCCACUUAGUGCUGCCAACGCUGCUGCCAUCGCUGUUCCUGAUCCAGAAUUGGGUUUGCCUGGCCUGCGGAAACUACAUCUCUUCAAGUCUCUCUAUCGUCGCCAUCACAUGCUCCAGCAUAGCUGGAUGAGUGGGAAAGUGGCACCACAUCACUUUGCCUUCCAGGCUCACCCUUCACAUGUCAUUACAUGUCUUCAGUUCGAUGAUGACAAGAUCUUGACUGGUUCGGACGACACUCUUAUCCAUGUAUAUGACACCAAGACAGGAGUCCUACGAAAGAAGCUUGAGGGACAUGAAGGUGGUGUUUGGGCUUUACAAUAUGAAGGAAAUGUCUUAGUCUCUGGAUCCACCGACCGUUCUGUCCGAGUAUGGGACAUUGAGAAGGGUCUAUGCACCCAGGUAUUCCAUGGGCAUACAUCUACCGUCCGAUGCCUGCAAAUCCUUAUGCCCGAGAUGACUGGAGUCACUGAGAAGGGCAAGCCGAUCAUGGUUCCCGAGAAGCCAUUGAUCAUUACCGGGUCCAGGGAUUCUCAACUCCGAGUUUGGAGACUGCCUGAACAAGGCUCUAAGCGUUACAUUCAGACAGGACCUCCAGCAAAUGACGCCGAUUGCCCAUACUUUGUACGCGUGCUGACUGGCCAUCUCCACUCUGUGCGUGCGAUUGCUGCGCAUCAAGAUACACUGGUCAGUGGUAGUUACGACAAUACCGUUAGAGUCUGGAAGAUAUCGACAGGAGAGACAAUAUGGCGUCUCCAAGGACAUGCCAUGAAGGUUUACAGCGUCGUUUUGGACCACAAGCGCAAUCGGUGUAUCAGUGGAUCGAUGGACAACUUCGUCAAGAUCUGGUCCCUUGAAACAGGUGCUUGUCUAUUCACUCUUGAGGGACAUACCUCUUUAGUUGGCUUGCUUGACUUACGUGAUGAGCGCCUUGUUUCAGCUGCUGCAGAUUCUACUCUCAGAAUUUGGGACCCAGAAAACGGCCAGUGCAAAAGCACUCUUAGUGCUCAUACCGGUGCCAUUACCUGCUUUCAACAUGAUGGCCAAAAGGUUAUCUCCGGAUCAGACAGGACGUUGAAGUUAUGGAACAUCAAGACAGGCGAAUGCACGAAGGAUCUCUUGACUAACCUCAGCGGAGUUUGGCAAGUUAAAUUCGACGAGCGGAGAUGUGUUGCUGCUGUGCAACGUAACAAUCUUACAUAUGUAGAGGUUCUCGACUUUGGUGCUUCGAGAGACGGCAUUCCAGCCUCACAACGUGGCACUCGAAACCUCCUACGAUUUGAUGAAGACCAAGUUAUUGCCGAAGAAGAAGACGAAGACCAAUGAACGAUGACGUAACACUAAUGAAGGAUCUGCGAGAGGCGCAUGGUGGAAUACAUAACUCUUUAUUGUAAUUUGGCACUGGCGUCUCGGUGCUACCUAAACGGUAGUUGCAUGCAUAGCGAAGAUUUUUUUAUGGGGAUAUUGUUUGUGUAAACACGAAAUUAUGUGAAUGGAGUUGGAGGAUGCUAAGUAUCACUGCAUUGCGUUGCAUUACUACCUGCUCCGCACUUACAAUGUGGCAGCAAGAAUCAGCGAUGUGUUUUUUACAUCAUUGGUGC